AUGACACAAGACGAUAAAGAUUUAGAUAUAUUUAAUUCAUUAACUCAAACUACCCAAGAUUCAUCGUUUUCUGACAAUGAUGAAAAAUCAUUCAUCUCUAAACAAAUACAAGCAAACAAUAGAAAAAAGAAAAAAUCCGGUGGUUUCCAGUCAAUGGGAUUAAGUUAUCCUAUAUAUAAAGCUGUAUUGAAAAAAGGAUUUAAAGUUCCAACUCCUAUACAACGCAAAACAAUUCCUUUAAUAAUGGAAGGUAACGAUGUUGUUGGUAUGGCUCGAACUGGAUCUGGGAAAACUGCUGCCUUUUUAAUUCCAAUGUUAGAAAAAUUGAAGAUACAUUCUGCAAAGGUAGGAACAAGGGCUAUAAUAUUGUCUCCAUCACGUGAGCUUGCAUUACAAACACAAAAGGUCUGUAAAGAGCUUGCAAAAUACACUGAUAUUAGGGCAUGUAUUCUGGUUGGAGGUGAUAACCUGGAGGAUCAAUUUUCAAUGAUUCUCGGGAACCCUGAUGUUAUUAUUGCCACUCCAGGUCGUUUACUUCAUUUAAUUGUGGAAAUGAAUUUAGAACUUGGUGCAGUUGAAUAUAUAGUUUUUGAUGAAGCUGAUAGAUUAUUUGAAAUGGGUUUUUCUGUUCAACUACAUGAGAUUUUACAUAGGUUACCACAUACACGUCAAACAUUACUUUUCUCUGCUACUUUACCGAAAUCACUGGUAGAGUUUGCAAGAGCAGGUCUUCAAGAUCCUACUCUAGUAAGACUGGAUACUGAUACCAAGAUUAGCAGUGAUUUAGAGACAGAAAAAGAAGCAGCAUUAUUGUAUACAUUACAUGAGAUAAUUAAAGUACCAACUGAAUCCAUAUUUAAUAUAAAAAAUAAUGAUAAUAGUAAUCUGAAAAAAAAAUCAAAUAAACAAAAAAAUCAAGAAUCAAAAUCCGCAUCAAAGGAAUUACUAUUGUCAUCAUCACAUCAAACAAUAAUUUUUGUUUCAACAAAACAUCAUGUUGAAUACAUUUCGAAUCUUUUAAUUUCAGCUGGAUUCAAAACUUCAUAUAUUUAUGGUUCGCUUGAUCAAACAGCUCGAAAAAUUCAAAUAAGUAAUUUUCGUAAUGGCCAAACCAAUCUAUUAGUGGUGACUGAUGUUGCGGCCAGGGGAAUUGAUAUCCCAAUCAUAGAAAAUGUGAUCAACUAUGAUUUUAUUAAUAGUAGUAAAGUAUUUAUUCACAGAGUCGGAAGAACUGCUAGAGCUGGCAAAAGUGGAUGGGCAUAUUCAUUAAUUACCCAUGAUGAAAAUGAAGAUUAUGAUGCUUCCUCAUUGGAUUAUACUAAAGAUAUAAUUUUUGGUUGUUUUCCUCGUGGCUCUUUGGAUAUACAUUUGGAAUGGGUCAAAGAAAAGUUGCAAGGUGAAAGUAACCUUGAAUCACUUCAAAAGGUUGCCAAAAAUGGAUACAAGUUGUAUUGCAAAUCAAAACCCAUAGCUGCUUCAGAAAGUUAUAAAAGAACUAAGGAGCUUGUUGAAAAAAUGGUUUUCACUGAAGUUCAUCCUCUUUUUGUUGAUAAAGUUGAUCCAAAUGAAAAAGAAUGUCAGAAUCUCAUUAAAAAAAUAUCAAACUUUCGUCCACAUGAGACUAUAUUUGAAAUGGGAAGUCGAGGAAAUAAACAAUCUAUGGGUGCUCAAAUUAUGAAGAAACGUCAUGAUGCUUCUUCAAAAAGAAAAUCUGAUGAAUUUGAUAUUAAGAAGGAAGAAGAAAAUAAUAAUAAUUCAAAGACAUCAAAGCGGAAGGCUAACAGUGAUGUUGAUAAAAAAUUGAACCAGGGUGCAUUAUUUAUUGAGGAAGCACAAAGAGCCAUGUUAGAUCAACAGAAUGAUGAACAUGUUCCUGAAUUAAACAAAAGAAAGGUUUUAACAUGGAACAGUAAAAAGAAAACAUUUUUACGAGGUGGUGGUAUUGGAUCUGACAAUAAAAAAUUAAUCAAAACUGAAAGUGGUGUAAAGCUACCUGCUACUUAUAAAAGUGGAAGGUUAGGAACAGACUCCAAUGUUUCUGGUACUGUUUUCUUAAGACCUUUAAAUGAGUGGUUGUAG